AUGUGGCCAUCACUGGGACCUGGUCCCAUCUACAAGCUUGAGCAUCACUGGAAAUGUGACUUCCCUAUCUUCCAGAGAGCAGACACAGACAGGGGCACCAGCAAUCAGAGUAAAACAGGAUUCAUUUGUGUCCCACUAUUCAUGGGACUUGUCCAGGUGACUUUUGAAGGAAAUGAAUGCAGAUUACAACACUUUAUCAAGCACCGAUGGAAAUUAAACAAAUAUGAGGAGGAAAAUGUCUCUCCCUUGCAUCAUGCUGCAGGAGAAGGUCAGCUAGAACUGAUGAAGCUGAUCAUCAGUGGUUCUUCUUGUGAAGUGCUGAAUGUAAUGGACAAUUAUGGAAAUACUCCUAUGCACUGGGCUGCAGAAAACAACCAGGUGGAAAGUAUUAAGUUUCUUCUUAGCCACGGAGCAAACCCGAAUCUCCGGAACAGCAGCAUGAUGGCGCCCCUUCACAUCGCUGUGCAGGGCAUGCACAACGAGAUGACACAGGUCUUGACUGAGCACAGCACUACUAAUAUUAAUUUGGAAGGAGAAAAUGGAAACACUGCAGUGAUGAUCACAUGCGCCAAAGAUAACAGUGAAGCCCUGGAGAUGUUGUUAAAAAAGGGAGCUAAGCUGUGUAGACCAAAUAAAUGGGGAGAUUUUCCUGUCCACCAGGCUGCAUUUUCAGGGUCCAGAAAAUGCAUGGAAUUAAUAUUAAAGUUCGGUGAGCAGGCCGGGCACAGCAGGCAGUCUCACAUUAACUUUGUGAAUAACAAGGAAGCCAGCCCACUCCACCUGGCAGUCCAAAGUGGCAACUUGGAAAUGAUUAAAAUGUGUCUCGACAAUGGUGCUCACAUUGAGAAGACAGAGAAUGGGAAGUGCAUGGCUUUGCAUUUUGCCGCAACCCAAGGAGCCACUGAGAUUGUUAAAUUGAUGAUAUCGUCAUAUUCUGGUAGCAGUGACAUUGUUAAUGCAGUUGAUGGGAAUCAUGAGACCCUGCUUCACAGGGCCUCACUAUUUGAUCAUCAUGAACUAGCAGACUACUUAAUUUCAGCGGGGGCAGAUAUCAACAUCACCGAUUCUGAGGGACGAUCUCCACUUGUAUUAGCAACGGCUUCUGCAUCUUGGAAUAUUGUCAAUCUGCUGCUAUCUAAAGGUGCCAAAGUAGACAUAAAGGAUCAUCUUGGACGUAAUUUCUUACACUUUACUGUGCAGCAACCAUAUGGCUUAAAAAAUUUGCGGCCUGAGUUUAUGCAGAUACAAGAAAUCAAGGCCCUGGUAAUGGAUGAAGAUAAUGAGGGGUGCACACCCCUACAUUAUGCAUGUAAACAGGGGGUCCAUGUCUCUGUAAAUAACCUGCUUGGCUUCAAUGUGUCCAUUCAUUCCAAAAGCAAAGAUAAGAAAUCACCGCUGCAUUUCGCAGCCAGUUAUGGACGUAUCAACACCUGUCAGAGACUCCUACAAAGCAUCAGUGAUACGAGGCUCUUGAAUGAAGGGGACCUUCAUGGGAUGACGCCACUGCACCUGGCAGCAAAAAAUGGACAUGACAAGGUAGUUCAACUUCUUCUGAAAAAAGGUGCAUUAUUUCUCAGUGACCACAAUGGCUGGACCGCUCUGCACCACGCUUCCAUGGGAGGGUACACUCAGACAAUGAAGGUCAUUCUUGAUACUAACUUGAAGUGUACAGAUCGGCUAGAUGAAGAAGGGAACACAGCUCUCCACUUUGCUGCAAGAGAAGGACAUGCCAAAGCUGUUGCACUUCUUCUGAACUAUGAUGCGGACAUAGUUUUGAACAAGCAACAGGCCUCCUUUCUGCACAUCGCGCUCCACAACAAGAGGAAGGAGGUGGUCAUCACCACCAUCAGGAACAAAAGAUGGGAUGAAUGUCUUAAGGUUUUUACUCAUUGUUCUCCAAGCAAUAAAUGUCCAAUCAUGGAAAUGAUAGAAUACCUCCCGGAAUGCAUGAAAAUUCUUUUAGAUUUCUGCAUGAUACCAUCCACAGAGGACAAAUCCUGCCAAGAUUACCAUAUCGAAUAUAAUUUCAGAUAUCUUCAGUGUCCUUUGGAAUUAAACAGAAAAUUAGCCCCUGGACAGGAAGUUCGUUAUGAGCCUCUUUCAAUCCUCAAUGUCAUGGUACAACACAAUCGCAUAGAACUUCUCAACCAUCCUGUGUGUAAAGAAUAUUUACUUAUGAAAUGGUGUGCCUAUGGAUUUAGGGCCCACAUGAUGAAUCUCGGAUCUUACUGUCUUGGCCUCAUACCUAUGACCCUUCUUGUCAUUCAUAUAAAGCCAGGAACAGCCUUCAAUUCAACUGGAAUAAUCAAUGAAACUUAUGAUCAUUUGGAAAUAUUAGACACUACAAAUUCAUAUUCAAUAAAAGUUUGUAUGAUUUUGGUUUUUCUAUCAAGUAUAUUUGGAUAUUGCAAAGAAGUGGUCCAAAUUUUCCAACAGAAAAGAAAUUACUUCUUAGACUACAACAAUGCUCUGGAAUGGAUUAUCUACACGAAGAGCAUCAUUUUUGUGCUGCCCUUGUUCGUUAGCAUCCCGGCAUACGUGCAGUGGCAAUGUGGAGCAAUUGCAAUAUUCUUCUAUUGGAUGAACUUCUUAAUGUAUCUUCAAAGGUUUGAAAAUUGUGGAAUCUUUAUUGUUAUGUUGGAGGUAAUUUUCAAAACUUUGUUGAGGUCAACAGGAGUAUUUAUUUUUCUUCUUUUGGCUUUUGGACUCAGCUUUUAUGUCCUUCUAAAUGCACAGGAUGCCUUCAGCUCCCCACUGCUUUCGUUGGUCCAGACCUUCAUCAUGAUGCUAGGAGAUGUCAAUUAUCGAGAUGCGUACCUUGAGCCUUUUUUGAGAAAGGAACUGGCAUAUCCAGUCCUAUCUUUUGCACAACUUGUUGCCUUCACAAUGGUUGUCCCAAUCGUCCUAAUGAAUUUACUUAUUGGCUUAGCAGUUGGUGACAUCGCUGAGGUCCAGAAACAUGCAUCACUGAAGAGGAUUGCUAUGCAAGUAGAACUUCACACCAGCUUAGAAAAAAAGCUGCCCAUUUGCUUCUUGCGCAAAGUGGAACAGAAGUCCAUCGUCGUGUAUCCCAACAGGCCCAGAUAUGGACGGAUGCUUCGUUUAUUUCAUUAUUUUUUUGGUAUCCAAGAAGCAAAACAAGAAAUACCAAAUACUGAUACAUGUUUAGAAUUGGAAAUGCUGAAACAGAAAUACCGGCUAAAGGACCUCACUUCUCUCUUGGAAAAGCAGCAUGAGCUAAUUAAACUCAUCAUUCAGAAGAUGGAGAUCAUCUCUGAAACUGAGGAUGAAGAUAACCACUCUUCUUUCCAAGACAGGUUCAAAAAAGAGCGUCUAGAGCAAAUGAACAGCAAAUGGAAUUUUGUUUUAAGAGCAGUUAAGACAAAACCACACUCUCCUAAGGAAUAGCCACGCACACCUUAGUGGGGCUUCUUAGGGGUGGAAAGCUAUAUGGUUUAUUGCUUCUAAUUUUAAUUUACAAGAGUGAGAAAGAAGCAGAAAUCUGAUUGAUCUCACUAUAGAGAAAACUAUGGUUCCCACAGUCUGUGUCAGAGUAAAGUGCUUCUCCCUAUUCAUAUUUUCUGGCAACCACUGUCUAUUAAUAAUAUUUUCGCUAAAAUGUUCAAGUUGGACUUUCAUGAAAAGUAAUCAUA